AUGUCUACCAGAACGGAAAUGGUGGAGAACAGUUCAGCCUUCGAUGGCGCAGAAACAAGUGCAGGGCUAAGGCAUCGUCUGACGAGAAAGUCAUACUCACAGUCGUCAACCGAGGAGUUGCUCGUGGAGAAAUUGGAUCAUUUUCUCUCUUCGAUAGAGUCAAGGUUGGACAACUUUGAACAAUUUUUUAAGUUCCGUUCGGACGAGUUUACCGAGAAGACCACCAGCUCUGCCAGCUUGGAUGUAGGAUACUCCAGAUCCAGAAGCAACAGCAGUGCUAGCUUGAGUUCUAUCAAAUCAUUUUCCGUCAAUUACCUCAACCAAAUACACCAGAGAUUGAAUGUGAUCAAGGAUUCAGUGCUACAAACUUCGAUUACAAACUUGGACUACUUGUACAAUACCUUAGACGACCAAUACAACUAUUUAUUCAAUUCGUCGUUAUCCGAUCUCGACCACGAGGUGACCGAAACCACCACCACCCAAAAGGAAGAGUCCCACAAGGAGGAGCUUUUGUCCCAGAAAAUCAUAACAACCAUACAAUACUUCGACGAGAAGCUACUCCAGAUCGAUGAUUUCAUCAAGGAUAACAAACCAGCUGCCAAGGAAGAUUACGACCAAGAUGCUGCGUUCAACCAUUUGAGCUACUUUAAUUUCAACAAGGCAUUAAAGAAUGCCGAACACUCAUAUUUGCAUUACUACGAACUUCCUCUUAGUUGGAGAGAGAACAAGUACAUUAUCCAGGGGUACCGUUUCUCAUUGAAGCAUUCGACCAUGCUUCGCUCCAUCUUUCAUUUUAACCACAAUGAAACCAUGAAUAUUUGGACUCAUCUACUUGGGUUCUUUGCAUUAUUGUAUUUAUUGCUCGUCCAUUACCCAAGCACUCAAGUCUAUGCCCAGAAUACCACCAGAGAUAAUUUGGCGAUUUAUGGCUUCUUUGCGGCUGCCAUGAAUUGUUUGGUGAGUUCUGUCGUAUGGCACACAUACUCAUGUUUUGCCAAUUUCACCACUAGAUCAAGAUGUGCGUGUGUUGAUUACACCGGAAUAACUGUGUUGAUCACCUUCUCAGUGAUCUCCGCGGAAUAUUGUUCUCUUUACAAGCACCCAAUGUUGCUUAACUUUUAUGUGCUAUUUUCUGCCUUGUGUGGGUCGACUGGGUUUUUAUUUAAUUGGUCACCUUACUUCGACAAACCAGAGUGUCGUUCGCUCAGAAUCGGAUUCUUCAUGGGUCUUGCGUUCAUGGGUGUGACUACUUCCUUUUGUAUGUGGUUCUACGAGGGGUUCGUGGUCACUAUCAUGUUCUUUUUGCCCAUGGUGUACAAGAGUUUCGUGUGGUACUGGCUUGGUGUUGUGUUUUAUGGAGGCUUGAUCCCAGAAAGGUGGAGAUAUGAUGUGAUCAUUGACGAUGAGCACAACUGCCACGGAGACUACAGCACCAAGGACGUCAUCAUGGACCGGGUGGACCGGAGCGGAGAGGAAGAGAAAGAGGAAAUCGAGCACGAAUUAGAGGAAGAAACUGCCAACGAUGAGGACAAGUUGAAGGCCAUCAUCAAGAAGCACUUCCCCGACAAGCCCACCAUGACUCCGUACUACCGGGACUUUUUCUCGUUGUGGUGGGUGGACUACUUCUUGUCCAGCCACAACAUCUGGCACAUGUGUGUUGUCGGGGGUAUUGUUGGUCACUACUUCAGCAUCUUGGAUAUGUACGAGACGAUGAGAACAUUAUGA